AUGGUGAAUGAAAUCAAAACGCUGGGAAACUUAGUGAACAGCAAGAUUACUGCUGUAAAUAGUACGGGUUCCGGGUUUUUAAGCAAUAAUGAAAUAAUCGAAGAGGGUGAUACAGUGAUUGUUUAUGUUAAUUAUGGGACGUCCUAUGCGGUGGAAGUGAGACGUGGUCUCAUUCUCACAAUGAAAUAUGGUGCUUUGAAGCAUGAAUAUCUUAUAGGAAAACGUUAUGGAUCUCGCGUUAGUGCUACAGCGGGUUAUGUUUAUGUAUUACGUCCUAAUGCAGAAAUGUGGACGCGUGCUUUGCUUCGGCGGACACAGAUUAUCUACACACCUGAUUGCGCACUAAUUCUGAUGCUAUUAGAUGUUAAACCGGGAUCAAUAGUUUGUGAAUGUGGUACGGGAAGUGGUUCGCUUUCACAUGCACUAGCAAUAGCUAUUGCACCCACAGGACACCUGUAUACGCACGAUAUUGAAGAGCCAAGAGUCAAACAGGUCGAACUCGAGAUGAUGAAACAUGGAUUAGGUGAAAUUACUACAUGCGUGCAUCAAAAUGUUAUCGAAGACGGAUUUUCUGUGGAGAAUGUAUGCGAUGCAGUGUUUCUGGAUCUUCCUGCUCCAUGGGUUGCAAUCAAACAUGCAAAGCGUGCGCUGAAUCAAACACAUGGUGGACGUGUGGUCAGCUUCUCUCCUUGCAUUGAACAGAUACAAAGAACAUGUAACGCUCUUCAAUGCGAGGGUUUUGUGCAAAUCACUACAGUGGAAUUAGUGCCGAGAAAGUUGAAAGUAAUUGUUUUUGUUUUGCCUAACCUUUGUUCUUCGGAUAUGGAAAUAUAUUCAUUAUCACUUUAGUGUAGAUAGGGCAUAUGGAAGUUUAUUAUACGCGAACUUGAUCAGCCAGCUGGUGUAGUUUUUUUUAGAUUUGUUGAAGUUUUUGGGACAUGUCUUCUAAUGGUUAGAAUUGGGCGCUCACUGACUGUGUUGAAUAAAAACAAUAAGAACGAUUAUUUGAAGCACUUCUUUGUAUUUUGAUCUCUAAUCUCAGUUUAUUUGGUGGCAAGAGUGCUUUUGAUCUCACGAUGCUCCCUUCUUUUAACGAAAGCCUUCAAGUUAUCCACAAUUCUGGAUUUGUUGAACCUUAAUAUUCGUGAGUUACUUGAGUCACAUAAGUUGCUAUUUCGAUAUCGCUGCAUGAAAAUACAAAAGAUGGUCGGGGCAUUUUCAGACAUGAC